CAACGUGCUCGCUAUUCAAGUCAUGGACUGCAGCGAGCAAGGGAACCAUUAGGAGCCGGUGGCAAAACCCCGCUUUAUUUGCAACACACGGAUGAUGCUGCUGCUGCCAUACCACCCGGAUCGGACACGCUGACAAGUGGAAUUAUUACUAAUAGCUGCGCUUAUGUAAUCAAUAGCCUUCACCGGAUUGCUUUUGGGGGAAAAUAGCGUCCCGUGGAUUCUUCCCAUUCUAAGCUGCAUGAUAGAAAAUACUGUAUGGCAUAUACUCUGCGAUUUUCAGAGUAGCCUAUGGCAACCCGUUUGUCCUGAUGCGACGCGUGUGAUGGUUGCAGUGGGACGGAUAUCCUUAAUUUUAUCCAAUAGGCGUUCUCAGGUUUUUUUGUAGGACGCUUCUGCACCCCUUUCUGUACUGACCUUAUCAACCAUGCUUUAAAUAGGUAAUUGUUAACUGUCACGUCUGUCCGCUGAUCUUGUUAAUUUGUUUUGAGAAAAUGUUCCGAGGAAAGAAACAGCCUGACUGCUAAAUCCAAAAGAAUUCGUCCACUUUGUUUUUUUGUUUGUUUGUUUUUUUGGUCGAAUUUCAUUUAGCGGUUUUAGAGGAAACCACUGGUGGGAGUCAAUUCUGGACUGUGACUGGUUUGGGGGAAAGAAGGGCCUAUACAGACUUGAUCCCCAACACAAAACUCUGCAGGAUUUCCUCCUCAUCAGUCCACAGGAAUAUCUUCAAGUCCAGGGGGUUACUGCUGGUCCUCUGUGGGCUUUCAUCGGCGCUCAGUAGAUCCGAGGGAAUAGUGGCCGCACCGCAUAUCCACGCAACUCUUUUAAAUGUUUGGCAUUUUUCGCAGGAGAGCAUCUUGACUUGUGAUCGAGAGAGACGCGGACUGCAGCACCCUCAAAUCCCUUUCACAUGGAGAUUUGUGCCUCGGUCGUACUGCAAAUGUUUAAAACGGGGACCGGGGCCCUGCUGAUUUUUCCUUCACUGCUCUCAACCCCGAUUUCAUUUAUUCGAAAAAAUGCAGAACCCAAACAGCAGAUGAACUAUGAAUGCUGAACACAAUGAUCUCCUCCCUCCAGCGCCAGACAAUGAGAGGUCGUAAGCUGAAGGGGGCGCUGUCAAACCCCCUCUUUGUGCUGCUAUUGGCCCUUCAGAUCCUGGUGGUAGCUGGGCUGGUUCGUGCUCAGACCUGCCCUUCUGUCUGCUCAUGCAGUAACCAGUUCAGCAAAGUCAUAUGCACCCGCCGCAGUCUACGGGACGUCCCAGAUGGCAUUUCCACCAACACUCGCUACCUGAACCUCCAGGACAACCUCAUCCAGGUCAUCAAGGUGGACAGUUUCAAACAUCUGCGCCAUCUGGAGAUCCUGCAGCUGAGCAAGAACCACAUCCGCAGCAUUGAAAUUGGCGCCUUCAAUGGGCUGACCAGUCUCAACACCUUGGAACUCUUUGAUAAUCGGCUCACGACAAUCCCCAAUGGAGCAUUUGAGUACUUGUCCAAGCUGAAGGAAUUGUGGCUACGGAACAACCCCAUCGAAAGUAUACCAUCUUAUGCCUUCAACCGGGUCCCCUCACUUCGAAGGCUGGAUCUAGGUGAGCUCAAACGUCUCUCCUACAUUUCUGAUGGAGCCUUUAAGGACUUGAGCAACCUGCGCUACCUGAACCUGGGAAUGUGCAACCUCAAGGAGAUUCCCAACAUCUUACCAUUGGUCAGGCUUGAAGAACUAGAAAUGUCAGGAAAUCAGAUCUCUGUUAUCAAGCCCAGCUCAUUUACAGGAUUAGUGAACCUCCAGAAGCUGUGGAUGAUGCAUGCCCAGAUCCAAACUAUUGAGAGGAAUUCCUUUGAUGACCUUCAAUCACUGGUGGAGCUCAACCUGGCUCACAACAACCUUACCUUUCUACCACAUGACCUCUUCACACCGUUGCAUCGCCUGGAGCGGGUCCACAUCCAUCAUAAUCCCUGGAACUGCAACUGUGAUAUUUUAUGGCUCAGCUGGUGGCUGAAGGAGGCAGUACCUGCCAAUACCAGCUGCUGUGCCCGUUGCCAUACUCCUACAGUCUUUAAAGGUCGCUACAUCGGGGAAUUGGACCAUAGCUACUUCCAGUGUGAUGUCCCUGUCAUUGUGGAGCCACCCAGUGACUUGAAUGUGACAGAAGGAAUGGGCGCAGAGCUUAAAUGUCGUACAAGCUCGUUGACAUCCAUCAGCUGGCUUACACCAAAUGGCUCUUUGGUGACACAUGGGGCUUAUAAAGUGCGUUUGUCUGUACUCAAUGAUGGGACACUGAAUUUUACUACUGUCACAAUGCAGGACACUGGGACUUACACCUGUAUGGUUAGCAACACAGCAGGCAACAUUUCUGCCUCUGCUGUACUUAAUGUUACUUCUGUGGAAAACAGCGGGGUGACCUAUUUUACCACAGUCACCGUUGAGACCAUUGAGACCCCGGGGGAUGACAGCCAAACGCCACUUCCCCCAUUUGGAUGGGUGUCAUCCUCAACAACAAAAGGUACUCCUGUUUUAACAAGGACAACAGAGCGGACUUACACCAUUCCAGUUCUUGAUCUGGAUGGAGAGGGAGCUCUCAAUGGCCUGGAUGAGGUGAUGAAAACCACCAAGAUUAUCAUUGGCUGCUUCGUGGCCAUCACACUUAUGGCUGCUGUUCUGCUGGUUAUUUUCUACAAGAUGAGGAAGCAGCAUAACCAGCAAGAUCCUGAUGGCCCUGCGUCCUCCAUGGAGGUCAUUACUGUUGAAGAAGAGCUUGCAGGUGUUGCUGCCAUGGAGAGACACCUAUCUCUGCCCCCUCUGGAGCACUACAACCACUACAACACUUACAAGAGCACUUACCACCACCCUCCUAUGCUCAGUACCAUACACAGCUCAGCCACACAGGAACCUUUACUGAUUCAAGCCUGCUCUAAAGACAAUGUACAAGAGACCCAAAUCUGAUUUUGAAUUUGACUAAAUAUCCAGUAUCAGCAGUUUCAUACUUGGAGUACAAUGGACCAAAACGUGAAGAUAAAAUAAACAAAAUGACAUUGACUUGACAGAGUUGAUGUCAAUAAUGGCGAUAAAUAAGCAUUUGGCAAAAGGACGACAUAUGAUACUUUAACAAGUGUCAUUACAAAAACAAAGAUUAUUUAUUAAAAGUAUGUCUAGUGGCUACAUGAAGAAAAACAAUUUGUGAUAGCUUUUUAGCUCAUUUUAUUUCUCUCUUUCUCUCUCUCUCUCUCUCUCUGUAAUACUGCACAAGGGAAAGAAUGGUUUCCUAAAAAUGAAUAUAUUAUAUAUGAUAUACAGCUCAUGUGAAAACACUGUAUAAAUUGGCCUUAUACUAAAAGUAAUGCAUUGCAAUUAUUUUAAUUCUAUUUAAUUCUUUGAUUUUACCUAAUAAUAUUGUGUUUUGUUGAAGGCCCUUUCUUCAUAUUUAUAAGCACUUAUUUGCUAUCCAACGAAGGUUAAAAUCAAGGGCAACUGGACUUGGUUGAAGAUACUGGAAGACGUUUCGUCCCUCAUCCAAAAGACUUAUUCAGUACUGACUGACUGGCAGGGAAACUCAGCUAUUU